AUGCGUGCAUCGCAGCUGCUGCUCGUUGGUUUCGUUCUUCAUCGAGGUGCCGAUGCGCUUCACCACCGCUUUUCGUCUGUGGGCUGUGCCUACUGCUUGACUUGUUUUUUCAACAACAUCGUCGCAGCCGAGCAGGAGCCGGUGAGCCCGUGUGGCUUCGCACUGCAACAGUGGGCCAAAGAGAGGAUGACUCGCUACAAGCAGAGCACGGUGCAGGAGCAGAGAUACAUGGAGAUGCCCCGGGACUGGGAAGAGAAAAUCAACCGAGAGAUGGUAAAUGUGGGCAUCUUACGCUGA